GACCCGAAAGUGAAAUCGCUGGAUUGUAUGGCGAUUCUAACUAAUCCUAACUAAUUCAAACCACACCUGAAAAAAAGAAGAGAGAGAAUACAACAGCAAGCAUGGUUGCGGUUCUGACCUGGGCUCUGGCUCUGCUCUCAGUGUUUGCAACUGUCCAGACACAGAAAGGCUUUUGGGACUACCUCAGCCAGAGCAGCAGGGACAAAGGCAAGACCGCGCGGGUCCAGCAGCAGAAGCUGGCAUGGGAACCCAUGAGCCUGAAAGACAGCCUUGAGCAAGACCUCAGCAAUUUGGACAAGUUUCUGGACAAGCUGGGGCCUCUCAGCGGGCAGGCGAGGGAGCCUCCCCGGCUCCCACACGACCCUGUGGGCAUGCGGCAGCAGCUGCAGGAGGAGCUGGCGGAGGUGAGGGCGCGCCUGGAGCCCUACAUGGUGGAGGCGCACCAGCAAGUGGGCUGGAAUCUGGAAGGCUUGCGGCAGCAGCUGAAGCCCUAUACCGUGGAGCUGAUGGAGCAGGUGGCACUGCGCGUCCAGGAGCUGCAGGAGCAGUUGCGCGUGGUCGGAGAGGGCACCAAGGCUCAGUUGCUGAGCGGCAUGGACGAGGCGCGGGGCCUGCUGCAGGAGCUGCAGAACCGCGUGGUUCAUCACACCGGCCGCGUCAAGGAGCUCUUCCACCCCUAUGCCCAGCGUCUGGUGACCGGCAUCGGGCGCCACGUCCAGGAGCUGCACCGCAGCGUGGCUCCACAUGCCGUAGCCAGCCCCGCGCGCCUCAGCCGCUGCGUGCAGACGCUCUCGCGCAAGCUCACGGUUAAGGCCGAGGCUCUGCACGCGCGCAUCCAGCAGAAUUUAGACCAGCUGCGGGACGAGCUCAGCGCUUUUGCCGGAGCUGGCGGUGACGGUGCGGAGGAAGGGGCCAACCCCGACCCCCAGAUGCUGUCCCAGGAGGUGCGCCAGCGACUCCAGGCUUUCCGCCACGACACCUUCCUGCAGAUCGCCGACUUCACCCGUGCCAUUGACCAGGAGACGGAGGAGGUUCAGCUGCAGCUGGCACCGCCCCCGCCAGGUCACAAUGCCUUCGCUCCAGAGUUUCUCCAAGCUGAGAGCAGCGAGGCCGGGAGCAAGCUGCAGGCCCGUCUGGAAGACCUGUGGGAAGACAUCAACUACAGCCUUCAUGACCGUGGUCUUCGUCAUCUAGAAGAGCCCUGA